AUGCACCGCGCCACCGCUUUGUUUACUUCCGCAUCAGGGAUCAGACCAGGGAGGAGUAUGGGGGAUCUGAGGAGCACGUACUUGAGCCUGUGCAGGAGCAGUGGUGUGGACCCUCAGGAGGGGGUCCUAUCCCAGAUGCAGAGGGGCCCCCGACUGGACCUGAGCGGACACAACCUGUCCACAGACACGUGCUCGGUGUUGUCCAGGACUCUGCAGAAGAACCAGUCAGUCACAGAGCUGCUGCUGAGCAACUGCAUGCUCUGUGAAGAAGGGGCCGUUGCACUUCUAACUGGACUCGUUGGAAGCAGCUCUUUGAAAGUCCUGGAUCUGAAGGGUAAUAACCUCAGAGCGGCUGGAGCUGAAAUCCUGGGAAGACUGCUCGUGCAAAAUAAUUCAUUAAACAGGUUGGUGCUGGAGUGGAAUGCUCUUGGCCUUUGGGACGAAGCAUUUUCUCUCUUUUGUGAAGGUCUGGCCUCAAACUCUAGUCUGAAACAGCUGGAUCUGCGCAACAAUCAAAUCAAUCCCCAGGGAGCAGCGGAGCUAUCCCAAGCUCUGAGACGCAACAAUAGCCUGGAGGUGUUAGAUUUGAGAUGGAACAACAUUGGUCUGGUCGGAGGGCGAUCUCUUCUCGAGGCGCUGCAGAAGAAUAAGUGUCUUGCUCAACUGCAGAUGGCGGGAAACAACAUCCCGAGCGACAUUGUGCGAGCUCUCGAGCACGCCACGGCCCAUCACAGCGAGCAGCAGAGGGCGCUGAGAGAGAACCGCAGCAGAACACAGGUGCUCAGUAAAGAAAUACAGGCGCUGAAGGAGGAGAAGGGGAGACAGGUCCUGAACCUGAUGGACACCAUAGAUCGACAAAGAGAUGAAAUGGGACACUCGAACAGAUGUACGUCGGUGCAGAUCGGACAACUCCAGGAGUCCCUGACCCAGAGAGCAUCGGCUGUCACUUCUCUAACGGCCAAGCUGCAGAUGGCUGAGGCUGCCCUGGCUCUGGCUGAGCAGAAGAACAGCAGUCUGGCAGCUCUGCUCACUCAGGCAAAGGCAGAGAGAGAGCAAAUGUGGGAAGAGCACAACCGAGAGAAGAAGAAAGAAUCAGAGGACUGUGUUCUCAAAGAAAGCAGACUACUCAAGGAAAUUCAAAGUCUGACGAAUCACAAUGUGCAGCUCAGAAACAAGGUGGAGGACACAGAGCGAAGGACCAAAGCUCAGCAGCAGCACAUCUUUGAGCUCAAACAACAGCUGACCAACAGCACCGCGGAGCUCAGGGUCCGGCUCGCCCAGGCAGAAGAGCGACUGGAGAAGGAGAAGCUUCAUUCAAAACAGACGUUGGAAAACCAGAACAGUCUGCAUCAUAAAGAGGUGGAGAAUGUGAGCCGUCAUCAGGAGGAGAGUGAGCGAGUGGAGAAUGUGAGCCGUCAUCAGGAGGAGAGUGAGCGAGUGUCGCAGGAACGCAUCUUUAGACUGGAGGCUCAGAGAAUCCAACUGGAAGAGGAGGUGAGUCAGGCCAAAGCCCUGUGUGCGACUGAACGAGCCCAGGCCCAGGAGGAGCUCAGCCGUGUGAGGGCCCAGCUUCGACUGGAGGAGAGGGAGCAGGUGUCCUCCUUGAAGGAGAAGCUGUCCGCCCUUCGCUGUUCGCUGCAGGAGGCGCAGCUGCACGCGUCUCAACAGAAGGACCUGGUCUCGGAGCUGCAGGCGCGGAGCAGCCAGCACGGUCUGGAGGCGGACUCUCUGAGGAGGAGGAUCGAGGAGCUACAGCAGUCAGAUGUGGUACAGAAGUGGAUCCUUCAGUCAGAUGUGUCAGAUGUGGUACAGAAGUGGAUCCUUCAGUCAGAUGUGAAGAAGUGGAUCCUUCAGUCAGAUGUGGUACAGAAGUGGAUCCUUCAGUCAGAUGUGGUAAAGAAGUGGAUCCUUCAGUCAGAUGUGAAGAAGUGGAUCCUUCAGUCAGAUGUGAAGAAGUGGAUCCUUCAGUCAGAUGUGAAGAAGUGGAUCCUUCAGUCAGAUGUGAAGAAGUGGAUCCUUCAGUCAGAUGUGGUACAGAAGUGGAUCCUUCAGUCAGAUGUGGUACAGAAGUGGAUCCUUCAGUCAGAUGUGAAGAAGUGGAUCCUUCAGUCAGAUGUGGUACAGAAGUGGAUCCUUCAGUCAGAUGUGGAACAGAAGUGGAUCCUUCAGUCAGAUGUGGUACAGAAGUGGAUCCUUCAGUCAGAUGUGGUACAGAAGUGGAUCCUUCAGUCAGAUGUGAAGAAGUGGAUCCUUCAGUCAGAUGUGGUACAGAAGUGGAUCCUUCAGUCAGAUGUGGAACAGAAGUGGAUCCUUCAGUCAGAUGUGGUACAGAAGUGGAUCCUUCAGUCAGAUGUGGCACAGAAGUGGAUCCUUCAGUCAGAUGUGAAGAAGUGGAUCCUUCAGUCAGAUGUGAAGAAGUGGAUCCUUCAGUCAGAUGUGAAGAAGUGGAUCCUUCAGUCAGAUGUGAAGAAGUGGAUCCUUCAGUCAGAUGUGGUACAGAAGUGGAUCCUUCAGUCAGAUGUGGUACAGAAGUGGAUCCUUCAGUCAGAUGUGAAGAAGUGGAUCCUUCAGUCAGAUGUGGUACAGAAGUGGAUCCUUCAGUCAGAUGUGGAACAGAAGUGGAUCCUUCAGUCAGAUGUGGUACAGAAGUGGAUCCUUCAGUCAGAUGUGGUACAGAAGUGGAUCCUUCAGUCAGAUGUGAAGAAGUGGAUCCUUCAGUCAGAUGUGGUACAGAAGUGGAUCCUUCAGUCAGAUGUGGAACAGAAGUGGAUCCUUCAGUCAGAUGUGGUACAGAAGUGGAUCCUUCAGUCAGAUGUGGCACAGAAGUGGAUCCUUCAGUCAGAUGUGAAGAAGUGGAUCCUUCAGUCAGAUGUGGUACAGAAGUGGAUCCUUCAGUCAGAUGUGGUACAGAAGUGGAUCCUUCAGUCAGAUGUGGCACAGAAGUGGAUCCUUCAGUCAGAUGUGAAGAAGUGGAUCCUUCAGUCAGAUGUGGUACAGAAGUGGAUCCUUCAGUCAGAUGUGGUAAAGAAGUGGAUCCUUCAGUCAGAUGUGGAACAGAAGUGGAUCCUUCAGUCAGAUGUGAAGAAGUGGAUCCUUCAGUCAGAUGUGAAGAAGUGGAUCCUUCAGUCAGAUGUGGAGCUGUCGGGGAAAGAGCAGGAGAAGGUGUUGGAGGUGAACAAGGUGCGUGUGGAGCUUCAGGAGCAGAUCGGUCGUUUGGAGACGGAGAGAGCGGCUCAAACUGGAUUCAAGGAGAGGAUCAGCGCUUUGGAGAGAGAGAUGAAAGUGCAGAGCAGCAGCCACAGGGAGGCGCUGCGGGACAAGGACAGCGAAAUCUCAUCACUGUUGGAGAAAGUGCGGCUCCGAGACGCUCAAAUCCAGAGAAUCACAGAAGCCGAGGCGCAGAGGGCGAGCUACCUGCAGAGCGCCAUUCUCACCUACGUCCAGGGCUCCCCACUGGGACACUUCAGCAGCCCGAGCAAGCCCCUCUGA